AUGCGUUUCGCUCCCGUCGUCCUGGCACUGCCUGCCAUGGCAGCUGCCCAGCAGCAAGUCCCUCUCUUCGAGCAGGCCAAGGGCUGGUUCAACAACAUCGUCGGUGCCGCUUCCUCGAGCGUCACUUCUGCCAGCUCAGCAGCUGCUUCGGCCGCAUCUGGUGUUCCCAACCCCGUCCACGCCGCCGCUGGCAAGGUCCAAGAGCUCACUGUCACCGACUUGACCAAGGAGAACUACAACGAGGUCCUGAAGCCUGGCGCCGCAACUGCCAGCCCUGGCAUUGAGGACUGGAUGAUCUACACCACUGGCGGCAACCGCACUUGCUUUGGCAUGUGUGCCCGCGCUGAUGUUGAGUGGACCAAGGCUCUCCCGCUCCUCUCUGCUGUCCCCAGCGCUCCCCAGCUCGGUCGUCUCGACUGCGAGAAGGAGCCUCAGCUUUGCAACGCAUGGGGUGUUGGUGCUCCCAGCGUUAUCUACAUGCAGCUUCCUCAGCCUCUUCCCGACCAGACCACCCCUGCCACCACUGUCUACUACCUUCCCUUGAACCGCACCACCGUCUCCGCUCAGGACAUUGUUGAGAUUGCCACUGAGAAGACUUUCCUCAAGGAAAAGACUCCUUACGAGGGCUUCUUCCACCCCUUCAACGGCUUGCUCGCUCAGACUGGUCUUGCCAUUCCUUUCGGUUGGGUCGUUUACGGUUUCUCUGUCAUGCCCAGCUGGGCCUUGAUGAUUGGCAUUUCCUUCUUCUCCAGAACCUUCAUGUAA